UGCAUUGGUAGUUAUACAAUUUAUUAAAGCAAAAUAAGCAAAAAUGAAGAAGGAAGGUUGUCAACACGGCUUCGUUCGAACAGGGAUGAUUCAUCCGCCAGGAUUUAGUCCAAGAUCCUCCAACCAAUUCGUGAACCGGCUUGAUUCGCCACCGGCUUCGGGAAAAUUUACCAAAGUGCCAUCAAAACCUACCAACCAUUCUAAAUUUACAGGAAAAUAUGAGCGUUCUAAGUAUAGUAACUGCCAUGUGUUGCCGGCUAUGAAGUCUGCGGGCACAUCAAAGGGUCGUCAAAAGUUAAAAUCGACAGAUUGGUGGGUUGAUGAUAAGCUAGAACGGCUCACCGGGUCGGAUGCGUCCUCUGCUAGAGAUAUCUUGGAUACAUUAUGUGGUGAAGACUAUGGUGGUCAUGUUUAUGAUGAUAACGAUGAUUGUUAAUCAUUUUUCAUCAAGAAACUAGAAAUUUUUUUUUUUUAAGAAACUCGAAAGUUGUUUUUUUUUUCUAAGAAACUCGAAAGUUGAAUUAGAUAACAUUUGUAAUACUUGAUACGAAAGAAAAACGAAACAUCUAUGCAAAGAAAAA